AUGAAGACCCAAUCUUCCCCAUCUCCCCGUCCUCCCAUCCGUAGCAACACUCCCAAAAGCCUUUUGCAUCCCGAGAACCAACCCCGUCACCGGAUCCCCAGGCCCCGUCAAAUCAGGCCACUUGACCACCUCCAGCACCUUCAAAUCCUCCCUCCUAACCCUCCCACUCUCAACAAGAACAUGCGCCGCAACAGCAGACAACUUCCUCUCCCCUCCCUCUCCCUUCCCCGUCGAAGCUACCCUCCAAACAGCAGGCCGUCCAUCAUAAACAACACACCUCCCCUCCCUCUCACAAACCCCAACCGUCUCAAGCACCUUCUCAACACAAACCUCCUCCCCAGGUCUCUCCCUCUUCACAGUAUCCGCAUACCUCUCCGCGGCAGCCGCAUACCCCGGCUUCAGAAGCUCCCUCAGCCCUUCCUCGAACCUCUGGCUGUUCAUCUCCGCCAACCCGUACUUUGCUUCCGGCCCGCACCCGACAGCGUGGAUCCUCGUGCCCCAAAACGGCUGGUCCCCGGCAACGGGCACCACGAGCGUAGGCCGCCCGCUCCGGAGCGCCAUGGCCGUCGUCCCGCUUCCCCCGUGACACACCACGGCCCUGACCCGGGGGAACAGCCACGCGUGCGGCGCCUCGUCGAGGAUGAAGAUGUGUGUAAUGUCUCUAUGCCCGCCGAUGCUGCCCCCUUGACUCUCAUCGUCUCCCUUCCCCACGCGUCCAACAUCCUCCUUAACAAGGUUAGACCACCCCUUCCCAACAACAGCCCUGACACCAACCCUCCUCACCGCCUCAAAGAUCCCCUCAAACACGUCCUGCGCAUUCGCAAACGACAUGCUCCCGAACCCGAUAUACACCGGCGGCGUCUCAGGGUCCGCCUCUAG